AUGUCGUCGCCUGUGUUUGACAACACAGUGAUCUUACCUACGCCGUCUUACUCAACGCCCAACGUACUACCACAUCCAUCAGAAAUUCCAAGUCCGGAUCUGUUCGAGGAUGAUUCACCACCCUGCUCUGCCCAACGGAUGGACGAACGCAUCGCCAACGCGUUCGGACAGGAUUGGUCACCGCCAGCCACUCCACGAAAACAAUAUGCACCCACAUGGUACAAUCGUGACCAACAAACAAUACCCAGAGGUCCCUCACCUAACUUCACAAUCCACACUCGAAUCAACGUGUUAUGGGCCGACCACGGGGAUCACUACCACUUCGUGUUCAAGUGCCACCCGAACAACAAACGCAGAACGAUCACCCGAAUCAUCCAGGCAGGCAACCUGGAUACCAACCAAUCGAUGUCCAUAUUCUCCACAUGCCAACCAGUUAUCAACUGGGAGAAAUUCGCAGCUUACCUGGUCAGACAUGGCAGAAAUUACAUUUAUUGCAUUGGCGGGGAACUCCAACACCUCGCAACUGACGCUCGUUCAACAACACGAGCGGAACAAGAUUGUGCAACGCUGCUGCGAAAUGAUAGAGCGCAAGGGCAAAAGUUCACCAAUCUCAAGCGAAAGGCCAGAGUGGACUUGAUUAGGGAACUAGUUGAGACAUACGACGCGCGAACCUUGGCCGAACUCAAAGACGCCUUGAGUUACGACGAUCGCCUCAACCUAUAUGCCGAACAUGGUCCGUCCUGGAAAGAAACGGCCGAACUAACCUGUGAAGCAUACGUCGAACGCCUUCGAAAAGACCAGGAGACUACCAGCCUACACGAAUACAUUGCAAGGAACAACCACAACAGGACGUGUCAGAAACCAACAUCCACAACAGCCGGUUGCCAAUGGCUAGACCAACUAUUGGCAGUCAACCACAUUGACAAAAAUCGCUUCCUCACUCAAGUAACCAACAUCAUGAAUAAAAAAGAACAACGGAUCAAUGCCUUUGUUAUACAAGGGCCAACUACUACAGGCAAAUCCUUGAUGUUAAAUCUCCUCACGGAGAAUUACAUCUACGGAACAGUACAACGCAGUGGGGACCACAGCCAGUUCUACUUAAUGAACUUACUCAACAAAGCUGUGGCUCUUAUGGAAGAACCGCGAAUUACACCAUUGACCGUCAAUGACUUCAAGGAGCUACUAGGAGGGCGCCAAUUCGACAUUCACGUCAAACAUCAACCCGAUGCCCGACUAAGACGCCUACCCGUUCUCAUCUCAACCAAUACGGAUAUCUGUCAAUAUUUACAAUCCGAAGACGCGAAGGCCAUCAAGGCGCGAUACAACGACAUAGAGCAUCUACUAAACAACGAACACUACCUACCAACCCUAAACAAAUUGAAAGAUGUCUACUUCAUAUGGACCAUGGUCCAGAACGCACUGAACAUACAAAAUAGAGAACGAACAUUUAUAGAACUCGCGAACGACUACUACCAACACUUCUACAACCUAGACACAGGCCAACCUAGAGCACCACUACCUGACUUGGAAGAGAGGGAAUACUUCAUAUCCCAAAUAUAUAAAGCACAAGAAAAACGAAAACAACUCAGUCGAAAAAAACUUCCCACGAAGACAACACAACGGGAAGCAACACCAAAAGCACCAGUUAUUCCACUCCCCGAACAACCGAAAAUCGUCCUUGACACUGGAGAACACCUACAAGAACCAAUGGCUAAACGUCCAGCUCUUGAUACUGAUAUGCCUGAGGAUGGCAAAGGCGGAACAUCAGCUAACCCAGGAGCUCUACAACACGUCCACAACUUGUUCAAAAUACACUACUACAAAUUCGAUAUUACACUCACAAGAAAACAACACCUCACAAUUGCACAAUACAAACCAGCAGACACAGCCAUCACCCAAUUCUACAUCACCUGCAUACCGUAUCAAUUUUUCGAGUUUUGGGCGAUCAAUAAUGACGGAACUGCUUACAGGGAUCCAUACGACUCUAUCCAGAACUCCUUUGACUACUGCCACUAUGAUUCUGGUCACAUCCGCUUUAGUCACUUUGUUCCUCUACAACAUAGUCUCACAGGUACAACGCAACAGGAUGUCCCAGCGCUCAACACUACACCAUACGCAUACUUCUCGCAAGACAACCUAGGAAUACUCACUAAAAUCACAUCACCAAAUGCCAUAGACAUGUCAACCAUGCAGAAUCAAGCUGUGAAAAUACCAUCCAACACAUACUGGACAAAAACAACCGACGAAGGAUUAUUAGCACUAGACGAAACAAAGACAUUCCAAGGAGGACAAACAAUACAAUACAAUUUCAAAUUUAAUACUCCACCAUGGCCAAAACUUAAACAAACAAUUCCACGAUACGACGCAAACACUCUAGUCUACCUCCCACUAGCACAAACCACAGACGCACCAAACGGCAAAUUCUCGGGAGGAUGGCAAUACUCUUUCACAGAAUCCGCGUCAACAUCAGGCUCAGUCGCAUACAUUCCCGAACGGGACCUACCAUUCCUGUUUAUCUACAUUCCAUGGAUUGAACAAGUAAACGAAAAAGAAACAAUCGCCAGACUAUACGCACACAUACUGAUGGAAACACAAUUCAAUAUGACACUGUGGUCCGUACCAGAUGGAGCAGCCAAACUGAAUCCCAACUGUCACAGGAAAAAUCAAAUGACCUAUACCACACAUGCUGUCACAUCGAAAGACAUGUACCAUCAAGCUUAUCAAUUUCAUUAA